AAUAUUUCGUAUACAGAAAGUUUCAAAAUGCAACAGGGUGUUUGACCUGCAUUUGACCGGUCGACCAGCCGUCUUCCUCCUCCUCUCGAGGCAACAGGUAAAGCGAGAGAGAGAGAGAGAGAUGGAUGGAAAUAGACGAAGGAAAAAAGAAAGAAACCCAAAGGCGAAACCUUUAUUACGCCAGCAAACUGGUCGGCGAGGAAGGAGAGCGGCGUGGGGAAGAAAGAAAGUCCGACGAGCUUCCUUGGUCGCCGAUGGUUGGCGUCCGCGGGCAUCAGAUGUGCAAGACCAAGAGCGCCACGGCCACCGCCGCCGCGCCGUCGUCCAUGGCCCGCUCCUCCGCCGCCACCACCACCCCGACGGCCACCGCCCACGGCCGCCGCUCGCCCCGCGGCACCAACGGCACCCACCCGACCUCCUUCUCCACUUCCUCGGCGGCGGCGCUCUCCACCUCCUCCUCCUCCGCGGCCUCCUCCCUGCAGGCGCUCAAGGACUCGCUCCCGGACCUCCCGCUCCUCCUCACCUUCGCCGAGCUCGCUGCCGCCACCAAGAACUUCUCCCCGGCGCACCGCCUCGCGCCGGGCUCGUCCAAUUCGUUCCGAUGCGCGCUCCGGGGCCACCCGGCCGCCGUCUUCCGCCGCGCGCUGCGGCGGGAUCCGGCCGAGGUGUCCGCCCGGCUCGCGGUCCUCGGCCACUGCCAUCACGCCGCCAUCGCGCGGCUCUACGGCGCGGCCGCCUCCCCCGACGGCGCCCUCUUCCUCGCCUACGAGCUCGUCCCGGGCGCCGCGCCGCUCUCCUCGCUCCUCCGCGGCGCCAACAACCCGUCCUUCACCCCGCUCGCGUCCUGGCACUCGCGGCUGCGGCUCGCCGCCGACGCCUGCGACGCGCUCAGCUACGUGCACCUGCAGGCCGGGACCGUCCACAACCGUCUCUCCUCCUCCUCCGUCCUCGUGUGCGGCCAGGGCGCGCUCCUCCGGGCCAAGCUGGCGCACUUCGGGUCCGCGGACCUCGCCGGGGAGCUCCCGGACGACGACGACGGAGACAAGGAGGGCAGGCACCGGCGCACGGGGAGCCGCGGGAGGCGGAUCGAGGGCACGCGCGGGUACAUGGCGCCGGAGCUGAUCGCGGGCGGGUCGCCGACGCGGCGGUCCGACGUGUUCGCGCUGGGCGUGCUGCUGCUGGAGCUGGUGUCGGGGCAGGAGCCGGUGCGGUACGAGCUCAACAAGGCGACCAGGGACUACGAGCGCACGUCGCUGAUCGAGAGCGCGGCGGCCGCGGUGGCGGGCGGCGGGGAGGGGGGGAUGCGGCAGUGGGUGGACCGGCGGCUCAAGGACUCGUUCCCCGUGGACGCGGCGGAGGCGCUGACGACGCUGGCGCUGCAGUGCGUGUCCAAGGACCCCGGCGCCCGGCCGGACAUGUCCUGGGUCGCCGCCAAGGUCUCCAAGCUGUUCCUGGAGGCGCAGGACUGGGCCGACAAGUUCCGCAUCCCCACCGACAUCUCCAUCUCCAUGGCUCCCAGGUGAGCUCGGAUCCUAAGUCCUAACUCCUGAUGCCGCCGAUGCCAUCGCCGAUUGAAUUGCUCGCCGGAGCUGUGACUCUGGUCCUAGCUUAGAAUUCGUGUUGCUGAAUGAGUGAUGGAAUUGCUGAUAGAUUAGUUGAUUGAUUGCUGUUGCCGUGGCUAUCACAUGCAUGCUUGUGACGAUGCUAACAACAGAUGAGUGCUACCGCUGCUAAUGUGGACAUGUGUACAGAUGAAUCGCCAUUGCUCUUUGUCCUCU